AAUUUUGAUUCUUCAUUCAUUCCACAUUACUCUAUCCAGGCUUCCAUAGGGAGGAGAGAAAUUGCAAAGCAGCCAUGGAAAGUCCAUUAACGAGCUCAUCAUAUGAAACAACACCAGAUGGAAAACAUGCUUCUCAAUCCCAGCCUGCCAGCCUUCAACAAACCCCCUCUUCCUCUCAUGGAGAAACAAAGCUUAGGACCAAAAGAAGCAGUCUAGCAUUCCGGAUUCGCGACCAUGUGAAAAUGGGGCCAAAGUGGUCAGAGACGGUAAAGGGAAAGCUGAGGUUGGGGGCAAGAAUAAUCCAACAAGGGGGGAGGGAGAACAUUUUCAAACAGAUUUUUGGUGUGGAAGAAGGAGAGCAGCUGCUCAAGGCUUCACAGUGCUACCUCUCCACAACUUCUGGCCCUAUUGCAGGACUUCUCUUUGUUUCUACCCAAAAGGUUGCCUUCUGCAGUGAAAGAUCAAUCUCUUUCCCUUCCCCUACCGGAGAAGUAAUCAAAACCCCUUAUAAGGUUUUGAUACCAAUAAAGAAGAUCAAAAGAGCCAACCAAAGUGAGAACGUGGACAAUCCAGCACAAAAGUAUAUAGAAAUAGUGACGGUUGAUGAUUGUGAUUUUUGGUUUAUGGGGUUUUUGAGAUAUGAGAAAGCCCUCUGUAAUCUUCAUAAAGCCCUUUCUUUAGCCAGCUAAAUAGAAUGCAAUUAUGCAUUCAGGUUGUGUAUUUUUAUUAGUAAUACAAAGUAGGUGUUUAUGUUUGCAAUUUGGUUGUAUGGCAGCAAUACUCAUU